GAAAAGCAGAAAAGAAAACAAAAGAAAGAGCUCUUCCCCCUCACUCCCUCUCUUUCCGCUCUUUAUCUAUACUCUUCUCUUUAUCUCUCUCUCUUUCUUGCUUUACCAACUGAGCUGUUCUCCAUGGAAGUACCAGUCUUAAAGCUGGUUUUGUUCUUCCUCUCCUUGCUAAUAAGCAGCUUCUCGGUUGCUCAGGGGACGAGCUGGUGUGUAGCCAGGAGUGAUGCAAGUAACCAGGCUUUGCAAACUGCACUAGACUAUGCAUGUGCCGCUGGUGCAGACUGUAGCCCUAUACAGUCAAGUGGCCUUUGUUUUCUUCCCAACACUAUCCAGGCUCAUGCUUCUUAUGCUUUCAAUAGCUACUACCAGCGCAAGGCCAUGGCACCUGGUGCCUGUGAAUUUGCUGGCACUGCCACUGUUGCCAAAACUGAUCCCAGUUAUGGAUCUUGUAUGUAUCCAUCUUCUCAAAGCACAGCUGGAGGGAUGCCAGUGCCAACGCCACCAGCAACAGUGACAAACAAUCCAAAUGUACCAAUGACACCAUUGACAACUACACCAAUCAAUGGUGGUGGCAGUACUGGACUAAAUAACCCUGGACUGACCCCUCCGGUACCCACAACAGAUGAAUCUAAAGCUUCAUUGGAUUCUAUCGUUGCCACAAGCUCAAUGUCUGUCAUGCUGUUACUUGUUCUAUCAUUCAUUUUGCACCCCAUGUGGAUCUCUUAAACCCAGCUGCAUGACCCAGUGACGGGAAGAGGCGUUUUUGUUAGAAUUUGGAGCCUUCUUUCUAGCUAAUAUGGAACAGCCCCCGAUGAUUUCAAUCAUUUCCUUCUGUCUACUUUUCUGGACAUUUGCUGGCUUCACAUUGGUUAAAUCUAGAGAUCUCAUCUAGCUUCAUGAGUUGCGAGGAGCUAGAACUAGCACUAGCAAAGAUCUCUAUUAGGUUCCAAUCUUCUUAGCUCUCACAAAAUCAAUUCAAUAUUUCAAUAUUAUUCUUGUAUGUUUCCUGGCGUAUAUAUGAAUGAGAAGGGGUAAUCAAACAGCUAUGCAUCUAUGGAUUUUUCCUUUGAUGA